GUUGUAGAGCGACAGUCUAGGUCGCUGAUUCGGGCGGAGGCUACCUGAGAGUGAUGGGCUGGCGGCCGCAGCGUGGGAUGGCUUUGGGUAGUGAAGGCUCCAGCCCUCCCUAAACUUCACCAUGAGUUUCCUCAUCGAUUCCAGCAUCAUGAUUACCUCCCAGAUAUGUUUUUUUGGAUUUGGGUGGCUUUUCUUCAUGCGCCAAUUGUUUAAGGACUAUGAGGUGCGUCAGUAUGUUGUACAGGUGAUCUUCUCUGUGACUUUUGCAUUUUCUUGCACCAUGUUUGAGCUUAUCAUCUUUGAAAUCUUAGGAGUACUGAGUAGCAGCUCCCGUUAUUUUCACUGGAAAAUGAACCUAUGUGUAAUUCUGCUGAUCCUAGUUUUCAUGAUACCUUUUUAUAUUGGCUAUUUUUUUGUGAGCAACAUCCGACUAUUACAUAAACAGCGACUGCCUUUUUCCUGUCUCUUAUGGUUGACAUUUAUGUAUUUCUUCUGGAAACUGGGAGAUCCAUUUCCCAUUCUCAGCCCAAAACAUGGGAUCUUGUCCAUAGAACAGCUCAUCAGCCGGGUAGGUGUGAUUGGAGUGACUCUCAUGGCUCUGCUUUCUGGAUUUGGUGCUGUCAACUGCCCAUACACAUACAUGUCCUACUUCCUCAGGAAUGUGACUGACACAGAUAUUCUAGCCCUGGAACGGCGACUUCUUCAAACCAUGGAUAUGAUCAUAAGCAAAAAGAAAAGGAUGGCAGUGGCACGGAGAACUAUGUUCCAGAAGGGAGAGGUGCAUAACAAGCCAUCAGGGUUCUGGGGAAUGAUAAAGAGUGUUACUACUUCAGCUCCAGGAAGUGAAAUGCCAGAUCUUACUCUUAUUCAACAGGAAGUGGAUGCUUUGGAAGAACUAAGCAGGCAGCUUUUUCUGGAAACGGUUGAUCUAUAUGCCACCAAGGAGAGAAUAGAAUAUUCCAAAACAUUCAAAGGAAAAUAUUUUAAUUUUCUGGGUUACUUUUUCUCUAUUUACUGUGUUUGGAAAAUUUUCAUGGCAACCAUCAAUAUUGUUUUUGAUCGAGUUGGGAAAACUGAUCCUGUCACAAGAGGCAUUGAGAUCACUGUGAAUUACCUAGGAAUACAGUUUGAUGUGAAGUUCUGGUCCCAACACAUUUCCUUCAUUCUAGUUGGAAUAAUCAUUGUCACAUCCAUCAGAGGAUUGCUAAUCACUCUUACCAAGUUCUUUUAUGCCAUCUCAAGCAGUAAGUCCUCCAAUGUCAUUGUCCUGCUUUUAGCACAGAUAAUGGGCAUGUACUUCGUCUCCUCUGUACUGCUCAUCCGAAUGAGUAUGCCACUAGAGUACCGCACCAUAAUCACAGAAGUCCUUGGAGAACUGCAAUUUAACUUCUAUCACCGUUGGUUUGAUGUCAUCUUCCUGGUCAGCGCCCUUUCCAGCAUAUUAUUCCUCUAUUUGGCCCACAAACAGGCACCAGAGAAGCAUAUGGCACCUUGAACUCAAGCUUAUUACAGACUGUCAGAAACCAACAGCAUCAGAAUUUGAAUCUGAGGAAAAGCCAUGGAGGGGACCAGGGCCAAAUGUUUUUCAACAAAAUGCUGUGGUUCUACCUCAUGUUCUAACUUCAGCAUAUACCUUUCUCCUCAGAUGAUAGUGUGGUCAUAAGUAGCAUCAGCUGGAACAUGAGCAGGAGAGGUAACUCAAGGCAGUACUCAGCAGUGAGCACACAAAGUCAUAAGGCAGGGAAAAGCGGGAAUGAGACUACACUGGAAGUGGGCAAGAGCUGUCUGUAAUAACUGGGCCAAACACUGGAUUUUUACGUCACCGUUCAUGUGGAAAAGGUUAUGUUUUUCCCUUAAGCUUGACCAUCAUUAAACUCGGAAUUGUAACACU